AUGAACAACAAUGAAAUAACAAUAAUCCAUUUCAAUGAUGUAUAUAACAUUGAACCUCAGAAGGAUGAGCCCCGAGGAGGAGCAGCAAGGCUGGCGGCUUAUGUACGGCAGUGUGAAGCACAGCAUCUCAAUCCCCUUGUCAUAUUUAGUGGAGAUGUUUUGAACCCAUCUCUUUUAAGUAUAUUUAUGAAAGGAGAACAGAUGAUUCCCAUACUAAAUGCUAUAGGAGUCCACUGUGCAGUCUAUGGCAAUCAUGACUUUGAUUUUGGAGUUGAUCACUUAGAAAACUUUAGAAAACAGACUAAUUUUCCAUGGCUUAUAAGCAAUGUUACGGAUAACCUCACGCAAAAGUCGCUGGCAGAAGGAAAAGUGACACACAUGAUGGCGUGGCAGGGAUUUAAGAUUGGGUUUAUUGGACUGGUAGAAGAGGAAUGGAUUGACACAUUAGCUACACUGGAUCCAGAGGAUGUUACCUUUGAGAAUUUUGUUGUGAGAGGAAAAGAGUUGGGAAAUCUUCUAAAACAGCAGGGGGCUGACAUCGUCAUAGCGAUGACACACAUGAGGUGGCCAAAUGAUCGUCGCCUGGCAGAAGAAUGUGAUGUAAUUGAUUUGAUCCUUGGAGGCCAUGAUCAUGAUUAUGGUGUAGAAAUGAUUAAUGGAAAGUAUGUGGUGAAAAGUGGAACAGAUUUUAGGAACCUGAGUAAGAUCACAAUGGGGAAGGAUGAGUCUGGACUUCAUCUGGAUAUCAAAAGGGUUGACCUUGACUCAAGUUGGGAGGAGAACGAAAAGGUCAAGGACAUUGUCCAACAGUUGUUAGGACAAGUUGAGAGUAAGAUGGAUGAACAUUUAGGGGAAAUGGCUGUAGAAAUGGAUGGCAGAUUUUCUGCUAUACGUACCAGUGAAACUAACUUAGGUAACUUAGUGACAGAUGUCAUGCUAGAGAUCUCAAAAGCAGAUGUGGCAUUGUUGAACUCGGGAACUUUCCGUUCGGACAGAAUACAUGAGAAGGGAGAAUUCAAACUGAGAGACUUACUUACUAUUCUUCCUCUAGUGGAUCCUCUAGUUGUGUUAAAAGUCACAGGAAAAGAGAUACUGCAAGCUCUGGAGAAUGGUGUUUCUCAGUAUCCAAAGUUGGAAGGCAGGUUUCCCCAGGUAUCUGGUAUGUCCUAUGGAUUUGAUCCUAGUAAGCCAAGUGGUAACAGAGUGGACCCAGCCCUGGUCAAAGUACAGGAGGAUUAUCUAAUUCUUGACAAGGUUUAUAGUUUGUGCACUAAAGAAUACAUUGCCUCGGGUAAAGAUGGAUAUGAAGUUUUCAAGAAUUGUGACAUCCUUGUGUCAUCAGAACAGUGUUGCACUUUGAGUACCGCUGUACGUAAUCAUUUUGAGUCUAUCCUCAUUAAGCAGGGAAUCAAAUCUUGUAAGUCAGGACAUAGACAAAGUCUCGUCAGUCUUGUGCGGAAAAAGAGCCUGGUUCUGCAGAAGAGCAAGUCACUUGAGUGUUCCAACUUAACUAACCGCCUGGUGCGCCAGGUUAGCGUGCAUGAGGUUGAGACGGAGCAGUGUCAACUAGCCCCAAGAGUUGAGAGACGCAUUUUUACCUAUGAUGAUGAGAUGAAACAAAUUCUAUUGGCGUCUAGACUGGAAUCUAGUCACAGUUUAAGAGAUUCCUGUAUACGAGAAUCUUCUUUGGAAACUUCAGACCUGGAUGAGUUGGAUUCUGAUUUCUUCUAG